AUGGGCGUGACCACGGCUACCCACGAGUUCAAGUCCUCAAUCCCAGCACCAAGAAUGUACAAGGCACUGCUCGAGGACUCCCCAACCCUCUUCCCCAAGAUCAUGCCUCAAUACAAGAGCAAGGUCGUCCAGGGCGAUGGAGGCGUCGGUAGCAUCCUCGAGACCUGCUUCCCCGAUGAAGGGAACCAAGUGAAGAUUGUGAAGCACAAGGUGGAGGCCCAGGAUCCGGCCAACUACUACGCCAAGUACACGGUGAUUGAAGGCAGUCCGUUGAGCGACAACAUCGAGUCGGUGGUGAACGAGAGAAAGAUCGAGCCGGCCGGUGACGGAUGUGUCGUCAAAGCAACCGAUCAUUAUCAUACCAAGGGAGGUGCUGCUGACAAGGCAAUGAUUGAUGCCAUUGGGAAGCAGACUACGACUGUCUACAAGCUUGUGCAGGACUACCUCCUGGCCAACCCUGGCGCCUGCUGUGCUUAA